AGCUUGACAACAAAGCGGCUGAUCGCUCCCCGCAACGGACAGCCAGCGUCCGAGUGAUUUAAAAACAACAGGAUCUACUGAAGCUGUAUGUCCUAUGAAUAUGUUCUGAAUCAAGCGAAGGAGAAGAGAAGAGUUUAUCCGCUGGAAUAAAGAGUUUAGAAGUUACAAAUGUCAUCAUGGCGGCGAAAACAGACCAACUGCUGAUCGUUGUGUCCAUCCUGGAAGGUCGUCACUUUCCAAAGAACCCGCGGCUCAGUCUGAUGGUCCAGGCGAGCUUCGAUGGCGAGCAGCUGGCCACAGACCCAGUGGAGCACAGAGAGCAGCCGCAGUUCAGCACCGAGCUGGCCUGGGAGCUGGACCGCAGGACGCUGCACCAACACAGGCUGCAGAGAACUCCCAUCAAGCUUCAGUGUUUUGCGAUCGACUCUGUGAGUAGGAGGAGAGAGAGCGUGGGCUACAUCGUGCUGGACCUCCGAUCUGUGCAGGAGGUCAAACAGGAGCCGCGCUGGUACCCUCUGCUGAGCAGUAAAUACACCAAACAGAGGCCGGCCCUCCUGCUCAGCAUGCUGCUGGAGAAGGACACCAAACCGUCCGAACCCUCUCCUGAUAGGUUCAAAGCCAAGAAGGCCCCGCCCCGACAAGGAUCUCCUGCGGUAACUGAUCUCCUCCCUGAGCAGCUGGAGGCCACACUGAUCCCAGAUCAGGGUUACCAUCAGGUCGGGCCUGCAGAUCUCUGCUCCGACAUGUUCGUCCUCUCCGUCACCGUCGCCUUCGCUACCAAACUGGAACAGCUGAUCCCCAGCACGAUGAAACUGUCUGCAGAGGGCUCCGAGUUCUUCUUCUACUACUCUUUACUCAGUAACGACAUCACCAGUGAGCCUUUCCACAACCUGCUGAGCCCAGACUUUGAGCCGGAGCGCGCCUCUGUGCGCAUCCGCAGCAGCAAACAGAUCCUCCAGGCCUUCCUGUCCCAGCAGCCCGGUUUAGAGAUCCACCUGUGCUGUGGGAAUCACUCUCUGGGCAGUACAGACGUCUCUCUCUCCGCUCUGUCCAAUGUGUCUGUCGACCUGGAGACUAAGGCGGCGACUGUGGAGGGAGCGUUUAUCCUCGUACCUCCAAAACGCAUCAAACAGACGCUGCCGGCUCUGCCUGCAGACCUGCAGCCGACUGUAGGGGUCGCUGUUACUCUGAGGAGGGAGGAGGUCAAACCACAGUCUUUGGGCAGUAAAGAAGCAGGAGGAGGUCAGAAAAAGCCUCCAUCACGCCCUCCUCCCUCUGUUCCUCCUGCAGACCAGAGACCUCUGAGCUCCUCUCCACUCAGAAAACCUCCUGCCUCUUCUUCUCCUGCUCCUCCUCUUCCUCCUGCUUCGUCUCACACAGAGAGUGAAGCAGAGAGUCUGUUAGAGGAGCUUCGACACAGAGAAGACCUGGCAGCUGCAGAUCUGGAGGCGCCCAUGCAGCAGCAGCAGCAGCAGCAGAGUCAGACUGAAGCUGCAGCAGAGGGCGCAGCGUCAUCUGUCAGCGUCUCUGCUCCCAAAGUGUCCAUCCCCUCCUCCGCCCAUCACUUCUGCUUCUUGGACCUCCGCAGCCUCAGGAACCUCAGCCUGACUCACCCCAUCAACGCCACACUCAGAUAUUCCUAUCAGUUCUUUGGCAGUGCAGCGCCGAUCAUGACGAACCCUCCCGUUGAGCUGCAGAGGAACACAGAGGUUUCUCUGCCUCAGUCGUACUGCGCCUUCGACUUCGCAGCUCUGCCUCAACAGCUACAGGACACCUUCCUCAGAGUUCCCUUGGUGGUGGAGGUGUGGCACAGAGACUCCACCUGCAGAGACCAGCUGAUUGGACGAGCCUCCGUCCAGCUGUCUCACCUGCUGAGGUCGGAGAAGAGCCCAGUGAUGGCCUCCACGGGAGAGGAAGGCUGGAGACAGACGCACCAGGACCGGAUCCCCGUGGUCACAUCUCAGCGCCCUGCGGAGAAGGUCGCAGAGCUGAGCUACGUGGCCACUCUGGAGGACCUGGGACUGGUUAGAGCCAGAGAAGUCAUCGUGUCCGACUCUUCACAGAACAAGCCUGCCGUCCCCACACAGCCGCCCCCCCACCCUGCACCACUGAGACCCGCUGCUCCCACACAGAACCUGGCCCCGCUGGACCCCACGGUGGCCCCCAGAGACACCCUGGAGUACCGGACGGCCCUGGAGCUGGAGCUGUGGAAGGAGGAGCAGGAGGAUCUGUUUGACGAUCAGUUGAGGAAGAAGGAGCUGAGCCACAUGCAGGCUCUGGCCGAGGAGUGGAGGAGGAGAGACAGAGAGAGAGAAGCUCUGGUGAAGAAGAAGGAGGUGGAGUAUAACGUGUUGGAGGAGCAGCUUCAGAAGACUCUGAGUGAUCUGGAGAGAAGAGAGAAACAGAUGGCGGAGGCCGAGCUGGAGACUCAGCGGCUGCAGAGGGAGCUGAGGGCCGAACACGAUCUGACUCAGAGGGAGCUGCAGGAGAGCAGCAGGAGGCUGCAGCAGGACUUUGACCACCGGGCGGCGCUGGAGAGAGAAAGAGUCCGUCUGAUGGAGGAGGAGAGAGGCCGGCUGCUGCAGCAGAUUGCAGACGGAGAGAGUCGAUACAAACAGCUGGAGAAAGAGUUUCAGCUCUACAGAGAACAACAGAACGUCAGACCGGAGUUCAGACUGCAGUCAGAGAUCAACCUGCUCACUCUGGAGAAGGUGGAGCUGGAGAGGAAGCUGGAGUCCACCACCAAGUCCAAGCUUCACUACAAGCAGCAGUGGGGACGAGCCUUAAAAGAGCUGGCCAGGUUCAAACAGCGUGAGCAGGAAAACGCCAUGACGCGUCUGAAGAAGCAGCAGGCGGAGCUCGAGGCCAUGAGGCUGCGUUACCUAGCAACAGAGCAGAAGGAGGCGGUCCAACAGGACAGACAGGAGCUGGACGACAUCAGGAACGAGCUCAACAGGUUAAAACAGCAGGAGGACAGAUUAGGCCCCACCUCCUCCCUCUCUGGCCCUGCCCCCUCCCUCUCUGGCCCCGCCCCCUCCCAGACUGUGAAUGAGAGCGCUGAUGAGCACCUGGCUCGCCUGCUGGAGGAGAGAGACACUCUGCUGAGGACCGGAGUCUACACGCACGAAGACCGAAUCAUCGCUGAGCUCAACAGGCAGAUACAGGAAGCCAUGAGGGACAGAAACCUCUGACAACCGCUGGAACCCGACCGACCAAUCAAGAGACAGACACACACCUGAGACCUCAGGAACCUCCAUCCUGUUUGAAAAUCAACGUGUGCGUUUAAGAACAAAAUUCAAGCAAAAAAUCUAUUUCCUGUUAGAAACAAAAAAAUUGUGUGCAUUAAAUCUAAGACAAAGCUGAUAGCGGCAUUUUCUCGUGCCGUUAGGCCCCCUAGUCCACCUAACGUUUUUUCCAGGCAGCAUGGAGCUGUACGUCUGCUCGUCUGUCCUGUCUCUAUGACAACAGUCUCGAUGACAACAGUCAGUUGACAACGGCCGCUGUUUGACCGACACACAUUUGGAAAAGAGCGCCGGUGACGUCAACAGCGUCUUUCUGAAACGUUGAAAGAUCUUAAACUCUGAACAGCCGAACAAAAGACACUAGGUGGACACGCCUUCUGUUUUUUUAGUCCUUAAAACAUAAAUGUUGGAUCAGGUGGGCGUGGCUUUACAGAACGUAGCUAUGAAGGCGUUUCCAACUGUAUUUAUGAUAAAACGUGAUAUUCUUCUGUGAACCAUGAUGGAGAGUAAUCUGAACAUGAAGACUGUGAGGGAUGAAGUGUACAGAUGUAAAUGUGUUUAUAGAGCGGACAGCUGUUUGUUUGUUUAUUUAUGUUCAUGUGUUUGUACCACAGAGAUGUUUUUAUUAUUAUUUUUGGACGGAUAUCUUCAUUAAAGGAAAGAUUCAAACGUUUUUAAUAACAAA